ACAUAUCAGCAAUAUCUCAUGCACGGCACAAACUCGUUCUGCUCCCCCAAUACUAACAAAUCGUUUACAAAUAACGUACAAACGGCAGUGUGUGACGACGAACUUAAGAUCCAUGACGAUUUCUAUGGCCCGGUGUUUUGGAGUGAUGGAUCGUGGUUUUAUACGUGGACCCGCGAACGAAUGGAAAUGACCAAUGUCGCCAGUGGAAAUAACUCCUUCACGCAUUGUGCAUCAACAUCUGUGAACACAUCCAGUAAUCCACACUCUCAGUCGAUGUCCUACUCUACCACUAUGAGCGCUUCCACAUCUAUGCCGAAAGAGAGUUCAUCGAAACCAGAGAGUUCAUCUAAACCACUUAGUGCGGGCAUCAUUACUGGGAUUGUGAUAGGGAGCAUCGCCUUCGGAGGAGCCACCACGGUCUUCCUCCUUUGGCUGGUGUCG